AAAAUGCAAAUGUGUGAGACGUCAAAUGUCAAAAUGUACUAUUUCAUUUGUCCAAAUAACGUUAAGAAAUUGACAUUUCGGAUUCCUAACAAAGUUGUUCAGAAGAAGCUGUUUACAGGCGUGGCCUUUUGAAUCAAAUGCAUUUAUUACCAUAAGACUAUGUACAUUUAAACUUAAAAUAGCCUGGUUGCGUAUAAAUAAGAAUUUUGAAUGUGCUUUAGACGAGAGGAUCUGCGUAAUUAAAGAUUUCAUGGUGUUACAGCUUCGACACUAAUAAAACGAAUUCAAAAAUGUACGGUCGAAAAACACCGACCACUUAUCGUUCUACACCGUCUGUGUAUUCUCAUUACACAGGGAAGUCAUCAACAAAUCUACGCUCAUCAAAGUCGGUGAGAUCCCUACGAGUUCCAUGGUACCAGAAGCCAAUAUUACAUGAUGCAGUCAUUUUGGACCUGCAGAGAGGAUCAUUGCUCACUGCAUUUCUUUCUUUGUUCAUGUCAAUUUUCACAUUUGCACAAAGUGUUUUCGACUUGUACUGCCUUUACAUGGCGAUGCCUGGAUCCCAUCAUACUGGUUUCUAUGUUGUCAGUUAUGAAUUUGUCUACGUUGGAAGCCCCCCAGUACGCAAUGUUUUGAUAAUAUUUUCGCUUUUCUCAUGGUUGGGUUCCAUCGCCGUGUUGAUAACGAGCAUAAUAUUAAUCAACGCUUUAAGGAAGGAAUACGAAAAGCGAACGGUUCCCUGGCUGUACGCCUUCGGAGUUUUCAUCAUUUUCCGUUUCUUCGCGUUUAUUUUCGCUUCGAUAGUGAACGACAUGAUAUUCGCUUACAACAUCAUGAUGUGCUUAAUAUGGAUAGUGUUCUGCGUGGGUGGCGUCUACGGUUGGCUGCUGGUGUACAGCCUGUAUCUGGAGCUGGCUGAUCUGACCAAGCUCGAAGAUUUGGCGCAUCUGAGGAUGGGAACAAUGGCGUCGUUGAAUGCGUCCAUAGCUGGGUCGCGACCGACGACCCCGCACAGCACGGUGUCCACGAUGCCGGCUUCGCAGAUAUGAUGCCACGAGGCGCAGGGUUCGAUUCCUGAGUGUGUUCCGCUUAAUGAAAGUCUCGAAACCCCUGUAUGAUAUCUUUUUUUUUUUUUUUUAAUCAAUUCCACCGUAACAACUUCAGUAAGGAUCUGAUGUUUUUCAGAAUCGAUUUUAUUAAUCGAUUUUUUUUAUGACUACAACUUCUUAAGUGUAUAAUCUUGUAUUAAGGAGGGUAGAAGUAACUAGCGUCGUCUUGUAUAGGGGAAAAGUAGAUAAAGUGUCCGUCUGUAAACAGCAAGUUGUUGUUGGAAGACUCACCGACAUAUCGCUAGUGUAGGGAGUGGAAAUUAUAUGAAUAUAGUAGUUUUGAACAGAGCAAAGUGUAGUAGUUUAUGGCGCUGUUUUUACUAAAAUCUUUCCUCUUGCUACAGUGGCGCCAUCUUAAUUACCUCCCUUUCAGCGGACACUCUUUAAUACACUGAUUUUUAAAGGGAUUUUAUGAUCUGGUAACUAAGACCUUCAAGUCAUGUCUUAUUUUAAUUUCUUACUUAUAUGAAAAAUGAGUGAUGAAUGAAUUUGAGACAUUAACCAACUAGGAUGAAAUUAAAUGAAAUUAUGUGAGAUGAUAUGGGAUGAAAUAUAAUCUCAGUAAAACGGUGGUCAUUGACUGAGAUUUUUUCAGUGGACUUUUUGGAGGAUCCCGAGAAGUUACGUCCAGCGGCUUUGUUUUAUUUUCUCAAAUUUGUGCACUUUCACAGUUAUAUUAAACAGUUAAUAAACCACCGUUAUUAUACAUUGAAACCUGAAGAAACACUAAAUAGACGAAAUAAAGCAAAUCACACAACUUCACUCCUCGCGUUCCCGCCAAAAAGUCCUAAUACACUGAGAUGGAGCUCCUUAGUUCUACCCUACAUAUUUUAUAUGUAAGAAUUGCUUGUUUGUAAUGGAGAGGUUCGCACAUGGUUAUAUUAACUUGAAAUUUUAUUAUCAAGAUUACUUAUUACUAUUUAAGAGAUUUGACCACGAUUAUAUAUAAAUGUUACAAGCACCAAGGUCGCGGGUAGACUGUCGAUAUUGUUUUGUAUUCCAUUGAUCCGCUGUUCGAAGGGUCAUUGACCUAACGAGUCCAAUUAUCUUUUAUUGUUGUUACAUUGCGUGGUUUACAAGAGUAACAAAUGUAACGCGGUUUUCUGCCCCAGCCGUGUUAAAUGUCGCCGCGGCACAACUCCUCAGAUAUUUGCCCAGUGAAUUAGUCUCAAAACAACCCAGAUGUGGGGCCGUUUCUGCCGUGAAGCAGUAAUGCGUUUCGGUCCGAAAAGUAAGGCAGCCGUUUUAACUGAGACCUUAGAACUCAUGUCUGUAGUUGGGUGGCGGCGUUUGUGUUGUUGAUGUCCAUGGGCUCCGGUGACGACUUAUCACUAGGACGACCGUGAGCUCGUCCACACAGUUAAUCGCUUAAAGGAACUUUAGUUUUUCACGCGCGAUAAAUUUCAAUGUGCGAACUUAGAAAUGCAGAACUGAAAUUUUAGUUUUUUUUUUAGUUUUUAUUUUUAAAUAUGCCCUUAUUGGUUUUAUGUAUCUUCCGUCCUACUUUAACUAGAUUUAUUUUAAGUAAUUUUCUUUUAUCGACGCAUAUGAUGUUUAAGUAUUUAAGGGACUCUUUAUUUUUGAUAGAUUAAUGUUUUUUAUUGUCACAACAAAUCGAAGUUGAUUUAAAUAAUAUCGCAGUGAUAUUUAAGGAAACAUACACCGUAGUAUUUUCUUUAGCUUAAGCCAGUUGCACACACGCUUACGAAAAAUCACUUUUACGAUUUUAUGUCGGUAGUUCUUUUUCGUUUUAUCCUUUAGGCCACGACGACUUCAUAACGGCGAUUCUAAGCUCUGUGAGUUUUUUUUGUUUUUAUUGUAUGAAGUUUUGAUUAUUUACUUGUGGUCUAUUGAAUGUUAUUGAUAUUGCAUUUAAUAGUUUUUUUUCUAAAAAGAAAUAACAAUUUUAGAGAUAUAUUUUUUGAAUAUUUCAAAUGUAGGGUAGUUUUUAUUUUUCUAAGUUUUAUUUUAAUCAAUAUUAAUUAUAUGAAGAAACUAUGAACUUUAUUCGCUCUUUGUACAUUGAGCUUUUGAGUGUGUUCACGUCGAUGACUUUUUAAAAGUCAUAAUUGCAAUACGUCAGUAAUUAAUUGGCACUUAGUUUAUUGUAUGUUAUUUUAGAAUUAACUUAGAAAUAUUGCACCUUUAAAAUUGAAGUGGUUUAAUCCGAAAGGCUUUUUUUUUUUUCUUUGAUAAGCGCCAAAAAUGUAAUUGAAGUAUUGUAUUUUUUUUUUAUCUUUUCAAUUUUAAUGCUUAAAGUAUGCGGUUAAUUUAAAAGAGACGGGAAGAGUACUUUAUCCUUUUCUAGACUAAAACGAUGCCUCCAAUGAAACACUACUCUAACUGAAAAUUUUGAAAUUUUCGUUUUUCACGCAAAUCGCUUCACUAUUUUAAAAGUAUUACAAAUCAUUAUUGAUGGGGUUCGAAGCAAGAGUAAAUCGGCUAGUUACACAAGAAAAAACCAUAAAUAUAUCUGCAAUAAUAAAGAUUUUAUCAACUUUUUUCGUUUAAAUGCUCCUCCUGUAAACCUUCGAUAAAGCGGCACGACACGAGAACCCUCUCAUCGUGGCCGCCGGUAACUACAUUCCCGAUCCUGCGGACAGAAUGGAAAGCAGUCGACGUCGCCCAAAACACGUCAUCUCGGAUCCUCCCGAUCCACUAACGGUGCUUUUAGGUACUUCAAGCACCGGUCACCGUUCUCGUCGAACCCGUCGCUUGCGACGAAGGGCUCGACGAGUAAAUUAACUCUCAGACACAGCCCACUGAGUUUCUCGCCGGAUCUUCUCAGUGGGUCGCGUUUCCGAUCCGGUGGUAGAUUCUGCGAAGCACGGCUCUUGCUAGGGUUCGUGUUAGGAACAUCGUCAGGUUUGAGCCCCGUGAGCUCACCUACUAAAGUUAGGGUUACGCUGACAUAGCCGCUAGGGCUAUCAGCUUAGGUAGGACAAACAAAAUAAACCUACGAAUUUGGAGUUAGCGUAGUGUUCAUUGGAGGCAUCGAAAAGAGACUGUUCAAUUUUUCUAACUGAUAGAAUACAUUUUUGUUUAUAAGUAGUUCAAGGUGUAAGGCAUUUAAAAAAAAAAUUAAGCUACUUCAAUUCAAUUGUAACUAUACUAUAAGACGCGCCAAACGAAUCUAAAAUGGCGGCGGCGAUCAUGCGCUCUCACUCUAAACUAUUGCUGUCUUUAGUCGCACACGGCGCGUACUGCAUGCAAAAAAGAUGCUACUUAUAUAACAGUUUGUAGUCUACCCACAAGUUGUAAAUAACGUCCAUUUGAUAUUAUAAUAUUGACAGAAUAAAUAUUUUUUCUUGUUUAAAAAAUAAGCACAAGAACAUUAAUACAGUUAAUAAUUCAAUCGGUGUCAGAUAGAGAGGGUUAUAGGAACAUGUGACGUCAGGUCUAGUUUGAAGUUAACGCAGCGAAAUAUACGACUCCGAAAAAGAUAUUUAUUAAUUACUAGCUGACCCGACAAGCAUUGUUUUGCCAUAUACAUUAUUUCUAGGUUUUUUUUUUUGGUAGAUCACCCUUAAUAUAUAAGGGUAUGAAAAAUAGAUGUUGACCGAUUGUCAGAGCUACCCGAUGUGCACACAAAAUUUCAUGAGAAUCGGUUGAGAAAUUUCGGAGGAGUUAAGGAACAAACACCGCGACACGAGAAUUUUAUAUAUUAUAGAUUAUUGAGAUGUCACAAUAACUCCUUCUGGUUGGUUAUGUUUGGUGUUCGGCAAUCGAAGUGUUUUUAGUUUAAGUCCAAUAAAUGUAACAAUAUUAUUAAUGAAUCCGUCCAAAAUAUGAAUAUCAUGUAGUGUUUGUAUUAUUAAUAAAUUUAUGAACUUUUUUAA